AUGCAGAGCUCUCCUGACCACGACUGCUUCCGUACUCGAGGAGUGCUCUCCCGCGACACCAUCGUCGAGAUCUACAAGCUCCGCACAAACGAUAAGAAAAUCAAGACCGCCGCAAGCGCCUCGGUAGGCCUCAAGCACGGCGUUACGGCCAAGGCCAUCCGAGACAUCUGGAACCGGCGGACAUGGUGGAACGUGACGGAGGCGCUAUGGACGGAGGAGGAGCGGGAGGACUACGCGAGGAGGCGGAAGCCAUGCGGGAAGGCGGGGAGGCCUCGAGGGUCCAAGGACUCGAAGCCUCGCAAGUCAAGGCGAAAGCAGGUAGAGCCCGACCAGGCGGAGGGACAAGUCAAAGCUCAGGAGAGCGAGAAGAGCGAGAGCAGUGACGACGACAAGCUCUCGGUAGACAUUGAGGAGGUGAGAGAGUGGUGCCACCAGCAGGUUGACGAGGAAGAGGAAAAAGCGCACGAGCGGGUCGUAGGAGCCAGCAGCACGACCAAAGCCAUAGGGCUGAACGCCACCCUCGCGGGACUGAGGCUGAGUCGAGCGAUCCAUCUCUGCAGGGAGGAGCUGAUGAGAGAGGCGCUGGAGCAUGUGACACGAUGA